AUGAGGCACAACAACCUGCACUCCUUCGAGGUAUACAAAGACUACACCAUUUCUGAACAAGGUGAUGCAGCUGAAUGCUUGGAGCUGAUUUUGCAUAAGGUCAGCCCACAAGUCUCUGAGGUUUUCCAAGCGAAGUUGACAAACACAACAAAGUGCACUGAAGGUCACAUCAUCAACGAAGAGACAAAUCCAUUCUGGACUCUUCCGCUGUCACUAAAAGAUACUAAUGAUACAACCUACCAUGUGGAAGAAGGCUUCAACAACAUUUUCCAGUCAAAAUCAUAUAGUGGAGACAACAUGGUGUACUGCAACGAAUGUAAAAAGAAAACAGAUGCAACAAGCGGAUGUGAGAUGGAACAAUGCCCUCAGAUUUUGACUCUACUCCUCAAGAGAUUUGACUUUGACUACAACACCAUGUCAGAUGUCAAAUCAACCCGCUGUGUGGAAGUGCCACACACGUUACAAGUAAAGAACAAGGAGUACAAACUGUAUGGGAUGGUGAAUCACAUGGGCAGUCUGAGUGGUGGACAUUACACAGCUACCAUCCUGUCCAGUGAGGAUGAAAACUGGUUUGAGUUUAAUGACUCUCAUGUCCAAAAGGUUAAAGAGCAACCAUUUGCAAACCACAGGCCUUACACAUCAGCGACUGUAUAUCUUCUCACAUACAGAGCCGUGGAGUCUCAUGGGCCCAGUGAAACCAAUUCAGAAGCUCUGACAGACAAUAUCCUGCAAAAACAAAGUGAAAACAGUAAUCUGGAUGAACUGCGGCGAGACGAUGUGGAAUACAUAGGAAAAGUAGAAGAAAGGGACACUGAUGAUAAAAAGAAGAGAAAGAUGACCCAUAGUGACGACACCAAGCAACAGAUGGAAAGAAAAUUGCCUGUUGAGACUGUUUUAGAAAAUCGGACAAACGAGGAGAAAGAACACCCGGAUGAAACUACUGGUGACAAAGGAAACAGAGAUAUUGGACAGAGAGAAAAGGAUGACGGACAGAUGAGAAUGGACUUGACUACCGAUGAUGCAGGAAAUGUAAAGACGGACACAUCAGAAGAAGAAACAAACCUUCAGGCUGCAGAAGUGGACGAAAAUCGUUCAGAUGAAGCUGAAGAACAAGAGGGUGAAGAACUGGAAAGAGACGAGGUGGAACACAGAAGACAAGUAGGAGAAGUGGACACUGAUAAUAAAGAAAAAAGAAAUCUUUGUGGCUUACUUUUCCUGGCCAGAAUUCUCUGUGAGCUGACCAUAGUACAUCAAGGAUCAAUUUCACAAGCUGACAUCAUAUGUUUUGUCAUUGUUUCUGGCUGUUUUUAUUAUUAUCAUUAUCAUUAUUUUGUGACACUUUUUUUGAUAACAGCUCUUAAAAAAUUCUAACAGACUCAAUACAAGAGGGAGGAGGUGGUGGGUGGGGCUCUCAUUUAGUACUUAUUCUUACACAGAAGCACUAAUCCGCUCAACAACUUGAUGUCAGAGUAAUCAAGAAUAUGAUUAUAUUAUGAUUUUUCUUCAUCCUGUUAGAUUUUGUCUUCCUUCCAUUAAACAAGAUGAAAACUAUGUGAUUAACUAUCAUGUGAUAAGAUAAAGUGCUUGUAAAUGUUUAUAUGAUUGUU